ACGUGCUGCUGAAGGCCGUGGGCGACACCCCCAUCAUGAGGACCAAGAAGUGGGCGGUGGAGCGGACCCGGACCAUCCAAGGCCUCGUGGAUUUCAUCAAGAAGUUCCUGAAGCUGAUGGCCUCCGAGCAGCUGUUCAUAUACGUAAACCAGUCUUUUGCUCCAUCUCCAGACCAGGAAGUGGGGACCCUCUAUGAGUGUUUUGGAAGUGAUGGCAAGCUUGUACUGCAUUAUUGCAAAACUCAGGCAUGGGGAUGAAUAACACAGUUGUUCAGGUUUUAUCUUCAAAAUAGGAGAAAGGACUAACUUAAACUCAAGCUGUAAACACACAGAAAGAGGAAUUUUUGCACUGCUGCCUAUGAACAUAUGGUAAAGAUGAAUAAGCAAAGACCUGGUUAGGCUAUACGAUCACAUGGCUUUUUUUCUGAUGUACAUCUGGGAUACAGAAAAAACACCUGCACUUGCCAUGUACAGUAGAGCCAGCAUUCUUGUUGCUGAAUACUUAAUUGCUGUAUCUGAAGGGAAACUUUCAGUUGUCUGCAGGACUGACUGGACACCUCUGUCCAUAUGUUGUACUGAAGAUAAGAGAAUCUUUUGAUUAAAAGUAAUGUCUGUUGUACAUGUAGCCUGGGAUUCAGUUUACUGCUUAUGUGUUGUACAUCUGUGGUGUGCAUCCUGUUCUUUGUGAAAUCUUCAUCUUGAAUGUGCAUUAUCUCAUAUUAUUUCAAGACACUAUUUUGAUUUUUUUUCUUGUAAUAUAUAGGCGUUGUUAUCUAGUCUAAUUACUCCACCCUUUGCCUUCAUCGUGUUGGUAAGCUGAGUACCUAAUUUAGGAUGGCACAGCAUUAUUAGAGGCCUCACAAUGCUUCCCUCCUGCACAAAUUUUGUAAUGAUUUGUUGAAGGCUCAACACUUCAGCAGCUCUCAAGAUGUUUCUUCUUACACCGUUUAAUGACUUGCAUCUUUAGCUGAAUGAUGUAGCUGCAAGUUGCAUUUAGAGUUCUUGAAAAAGUAAAUAUGAGCUGCUAAAACCUCUAUAUAUUCUCUUUUUGACUGUUGUUAAUUUUCAUGUUUUACCAGCUGUGUGGUCCACUAAAUAGUAGUAUGCAAUUUAUAUUUGCUAAAUCAUAGCUGUGAGAAUUGACUUGAGGUUUUUUCCAUUAUUGAGAGGACUUUGUACCUUGGCUAGGGUGUUGACCUUUGUUUUUAUUUAUUGGGGAGUUUGGGUGUGAGGGUGGAGAUUUUUAGUGGGUUUAUUUGAAGUGUCUGUUGUACAGUCUUUUAUGUUUGUUUAAGCUGAACCAAAUUAAAUGUUAGUUGUUUGCUUGGAGAAUGUUCUUAUACUGGAUAACAGUUUUUGUCCCUGAUGUAAUCCAGUUCUUCAGCACAAACCAGACAAAACAGCCAUUUCUAGUUUAAAUAAUGUUUUUACUGUAGUCUGGAACUGCUAUUUCAUACAUAAGUCACUCUUAUGUAGUCUCUGCAGCCUGUGUAUUGGAUUUUUUUCCACCUGGAAGAGUAAUAAAUACCCCGCUUAACUUACUGACAUUGCCACAGUUUGCGUGCAGCGUGCACAUACGCCACUGUUACACAGGCACAUGCUCUGAAUGCUUGCUAUAUGCCUUGCUUGAUGUAUCUUGGCACUGUUUAAGUGGAAAACUUGGAUUCACUUCAUUAAACUAACAAGGCAGAAUUUGUUGUAAACUUUAAACUUCAAAUAAUCAAUACUUUUGCCUGCUCAGAACCCUGAUCUCAUGAAUCUCCAUCUCUUUAAAAGAGCUGUUGCAGAGGGAAGCACUCUGAUUCUGUCUGGUUGAGGACAUUCCCUGCUUAGUUACUGUGACGCCAGCAUAACCUCGACAGCCACUAGAGGGUACACAAGGACAAAGGUAUUUGCAUAGUUUUAUCUAGGGCUCUUUUUCAAUCUUUUUCAUAGUAUGUCCACAUGCUGGCCUUACAAAUAUAAGUAGUUUGUUCUCCCGUGUGACAGUCUGUUUACCUAAGAUAAGCUACUAGUCUGGUUCUCUUUAAAGAAUGUUCUGUUGGUGCCUUUCACCUCACUUGAACUUAACAAAUGAAACUGCUGAUAAACUGCAAAUGUGCUCUUAAGAAGUGAUGCAAGAAGGUUGAUGUGUGUGUGUACUGGGGGCAUUGUGUUUUGGUUUUAAAAAGUCAAAAGACAUUGAGAUCUUGAAGAACUAUAGGACAUUGUGUCUGCCAACUAAUUAUAGAAGGUUGUCAUUUAUGCUGAAUUUAUAAAUAAUUUUUAUCCUCUGAAGUUGAAUAAAAAAUCGUUUGCCUCAAUUCCUCAAAAUGUGAUAAUCCAAUAAUGUAAAACCCAAAGUAAUGGUCUGGAUUUCCUCCUAUACCACAUGCAUUUUUGGACCUGGAUAAAUGAAUCAUGAAGCUUUGAAUUAUUAAUUUAUCUAAGAUUCAGCUUGUUCCCUGAACAGUACUUGCUUUUUGCUGGUUGCUUCAGUAUUUUUCUACUCUUAAUUUCUUUCCAACGCCAAGUAAUUUUUUCUUGGGGUCUAGUUUACCAGUAUACAGCGAGUACUUACUGAUCCAGCCCUUACUUUCUGUUUUCUCAGUGCUCCUAAGCGGCUGCCUUUAUUCUGUUCCUUUUAUUGACUGCCAGCUCCAGUUCUGCUAAUUCCCCCAUGUAACUUCCGUACCUUCUUUACAGAGAGAGUCCUCCUUUUUGACAUUUUCCCUUUGGGUUUGUACCUUGCAUCAGGGAGGUGGUCAGUACUUACCUCUGGUAGCUCUUUGUGGACCAUGGACUCUGUCUGGAGCUGAGGUGUGAUUUUAGGUGGCAGAAAACUUUCCUUGCUCGUAUUAUUAAGUAACAAACCAUACUGCAAACAUGAUAAGUAGAUUAUGCGUCAAGUAAACAAAUAAGUGCUUCCCAGUACAUUGCUUUUAGAACGUGCAAGAGACAUGUUGAAUCUCCUAUUUUAAAAAGGGACAGUUAUAGCUUCUAAAAUCAUAGAUUGUCCUGAUAUGCUUUUCUCUUUGAAAAGAAUAUUUCCAGUAAAUUGGAAACCUAAGAAGCCCAGGUAGAACAUGAGCUGUGUUCUCCGCAUUUGGUGUCAUUUAAGUGACUUCAAUUGCUAGAGUGGGAGAAAAAGGGCAUGAAAGUAAAGACUGUCUCUUGGACAGAUCAGUGAGAGUUGUACAAAACAAAAAUUAAAGUCUAGAUUUACUCAGAGUUUUGUGCUCAACCGAUAUGCUACUAUACUGAACUGCCAAUAUUUGUAAUGUAAUUUAAUUCACUUGAUUUAAUGUAACUGCUGAAUUAACAGGAAAAAACAAAUUGAAAAAAAUUCAAUAAAUAAUUUUUAAAGACUGAGAAAUAAGAUAAGUAUUGGAAAGGGAAGUUACUACACUGUUUUUAUGAAAGACCUAGUACUUCACAACAUCCUGAUAUUAAAAAGUAAUUCUAUGCAAAAUUCAUUUACCCUGUUUCAUGUUAAUAGUCACCAGAUGCAAACCCUUCACACUCUGAGACAGUAUUUUUAUUAAUUAUUAUAAUGGUUUAGAGACUAGAUUUAAUUAUAGAUUUCUAAUUUGUAGUUUGAACUAGUCUUAAAUGCACAUGGAAACCUGAAGAAGCUAAAUGAAACUUAAGUUACAUCAAGAAUGAAAUUAUAAAAUACACAGUUGUGCCACCUGUGAGCAUACUGAGCAGAUGUCAUCAUUUCCAGGACUUUAAAGUCUCAGAAAACUACUGCUUAGAUCUUAACAGAAGAUGUGUCUGUGUUAACUAUCCCCACAACUUAAACCUGAAUAUACUGAUACACAGUAAAGUCAUGGUGAGGGGGCUGGAAAUCCACACAUCCAUUUUUCCAACUCCUUCCAAUGCCAAAGCAGCUUCUAUUUACCGAUUGUCACUGUUCAUUCUCAUUUUGCAAAUCAAAUUCUGCUUGUUUGCACAGCUUUUUAGCUUACGUUGCUCUUGACUACCCUGAAGUCUCGGUUAUUCUUGAGAGAUAUUAUACAAAGGUUAUUCAAGAUAUUAUCUUACUACAACAUCUUGAUCUUAAGGGUUAGAAAAAAAAAGGGGGGCAGAAAAAAUUCCUUUAACUCUGGAGUUUUUCAUGAGGACUGUGACUAUUACAAGCUUGUAUAAAAUUCAAUGUGCAUUAAAAAAUAAAAGGUUUUUAGCCUU